AUGCCUCUGAUCAAUGGAAUGAAGAUGGCCUGCGAGCCAUGCAUACGAGGCCAUCGAUCUACGAAAUGUACACAUGCGUGCGAGAGACUGAUGGUUCCAGUGAGGAAACCUGGACGGCCACUCAGCCAAUGUCCUCAUCCCGGAGGAGAAUCUUGUAUGUGCGGAAGUGUGACUGCGGCGAUUCCAAGAAAGCAAGCGUGCCAUUGUGGAGGUGAAGCAUCGCCACCACUGGCCGCACAAAUUGUUUCCCGAACUAUUACAGCCCAGGGAGUGUUGGAGCCGCUUUCACCUACGAUAAAUACAUUCAAGGUCCAAAAGUCCUCUCGACCUCAGUCCAGCAGGAAACAGUCCUUUGACCCCGCGAAGUUUGAGAGGAUGGAUAUGAACAACGUAAAUGUACUUCCGUUUGAACAGCGAGGCCAGGUUGCACCACUCGGUAUGGCUUUACCAGAAGGAUAUCCAAUGUCGGCUCCUCCAGCUGGGAUUUAUGGUUAUGCCCCACAAUAUACCGGUAUACAACAGCAGUAUCAUCCCAACCCAACGAAACCGCUUCCUAUGCCAUAUGACAAUGGGUUCACGAGUGGGGGACAUUCUCGAAACGGUUCUUACGGAAUUGAGAGUCCUAUACCUAUACCAGCAACGAAUACGAACGGCGAGUCAAUGAAAGCUACAAGUGGAGGCUCAUGUUGCGCUCCUCAGCCUCCUGUGAAUCUUGUAAAUGUCGAACCUAAGCCUGUAGCGAAUGGCAGAUCUUGUUGUGCGCCCAAGCAGAAUAACCAGAGUACUUCAAUUGCAAGCACUAUUCCCAAACCCGAAGAGAUAACAGCAGGGAGCUGUUGUGCUCCUAAACCCACGAUACCGAAGGAAGAACCAACGUCGAUGAACGGAACGCCACUCAAUAUGAGCCCAGCGAGCUCACAUCAGAUGCCGCCGCAACAAAGCAUGCCUUUCAAUCCUGCGCUUUAUCACCGGUUUCCUGCUCCGGCGACUGUCUUUACCUACCCUGCAGCAUAUGGAUCCUUUCAAAAUCCACUACAAAUGUCCGCAUGGCAGCAAGGCAAACAAUCUAAUUAUUAUUCUCAACCACAACCAGAAGUCUCGAUACCCCCUGAAGCUCCAUCAUUCAACGGAUCGCUCAUGCCUGGAAGUAUGGACACUGUACAUACCUGUAAUUGUGGUGACACAUGCCAAUGUAUCGGCUGCGCUGCCCAUCCGUACAACGUCGCAACGCAGAAUUAUGUACACUCUGCAUGGGCAUCUAUGUCGAUGGAGCAGCCGUCUGAGCUCUACACCGACGGCCAAAACCCCAUCCCAACCACAAAUGGAAAUAUUCCUGUGCAACCCCAAAACGUCGACCAGAUCUCGUCUCCGACCGUGCACACACCAUCUAGUACGACAUCGGGCAACGGCGAGGAACAAAGUCUUUCCGCUUCCGAUUUCUUCUUCGUCAAUUACCCCUUCUCGGAUGAUAGCUGUGGAGGCGACACGGUGACCUGUCCGUGUGGUGAUGAUUGCGAGUGCUUGGGUUGUACGAUACAUCGCCAGCCGAGUAUGUGA